GUUGACAUCUAAUGGCAUAACGUUUUCACUCCUAAACAGUUGUGUUGUGUUUGUUGUCAUUAGUUAAUGACUGUCAACGACAACAACAAUGUCGAUGAUGUCCAGCCAUAGUCACAGUAAUGGACACCACAUGUGAUAAUAGCCGAAGAAGUGGUCAAAAGAAAGAGAGACAUCGAGAGAUCAGCUGAAGAAAAAUUAUUACUUAUAACUGAAGAUAACUCACGAGUAAAACGAUGACAACAACAACAGACACCAUCUGUUCUUCUUCUUCUGUUGGUGUCGUCGUCGUCGUUGAUGACCACCCGUCCAACAGGCCGUUGGUCGAGCCGAUGGUGACCACCGCCACCGCUGCCGUCGUCGACAAUGAACCGCUGGCCGGCUAUCUGAACAAACUUAGUUCCCGCGGACCGCUGAAGGCGAUGAAGAAACGAUGGUUUAUGUUCAACGAUAGCAACUGUCGGCUGUAUUAUUACCGAACACGAGAUGAUUUGUUACCGUUGGGCGAAAUUGAUAUCAAACGGGCAACGUUUACCAUCAAAUCGCAGACACAGUUUACAAUAAUGUCGUCGGCCAGCAAACAGUUGACACUGGAGGCCAUUGAUGGCCAACAGUGUAUCUAUUGGCUGACCAGAUUGCAAUCGUUGCGCAAACGUUAUAUCAUUGAAUUGGCCAACAAGUUUGGUGUCAAACUGGCGCUCAAUCAUCUCAGUCAAGACGUUUGUUUUGAUAACAAGAAAAACAACGCUGAUAGCGUCGGCGGAACAAUAGAUGAUGGUUUGACGUCCAGAUCUGUUUUCUACGAUGACGACCACCAAACACCGCCACCGCUACCACAUGUUAGGAAAAACAGCGACGAAUUGAUGGCCAACGUACAGAAGGAUGGCUAUUGUCAAUCGUCGCCGUCGACCAAACACAAGAUAUUUUCAGGAAUUGUUCAUAAAAUGAAACCAAAGACGACUAAUAUUACUGUUUUAAGUGAAUCAGUUCAACAACAACAACAACAGCAGCGGCGAACUGAAUCAGUUUCGUCGCCCAUAAGAAAUCUAUUGAAAUUGGCUGACAAAUCAUCGUCAGCUGCUGUCGCCAGUGACACGGUUUGCCAGAAGUGUCGCCAAUGCGAAGACCAAUUGGUUUCGCUAUCCGAUGAUAUGUCGGCCAUUGAAAACGAAUUGCAAGCGAGCCGUGAAGUUAUACGACUACUUCAAAAACAGUUGGAAGUGGUCGGCAACGAAAAGAAACUGUUGGAAGAUAUUUGUCGUCGUAGCGAAUCUACGACUUCGACUACUGGUGGUGUCGAGUCCGACGAUAUAUUGACGAAAUUGAUUCAGACAAACGGCGAACUGACCGACUUGACGAUCAAACUGCGUAACAGCGAAUCCAAUCGCGAAUCGCUGGAAAAUGAUUGCGAAAAUCUGAGAAAACAAAUGAAUCGUCUGAACGAAGAACUAAGUGUUCUGAAAGAAAUGCUCGAAUCAAGAGACGAAACUGUUGUCAGUCUAACCCAUCAGAUAUACGACUUGGAGGUUGAAAAAGGUGACGGUUUUAGUCCGACAAUUAGUAGCUGUAAUCUAUCAUCGGAUUCAUUAGCUCAGUCGUCGUCGUUGUCGUCAAAGUUUAUCAAAGUUCAGACCAACGAAGUGGAUCAACUGAAAGAUACUGUCCGAGCGUACGAAACCCAAAACCGAUUCUUGAACCGAGAGAUUGUCGAACUAAACGAAUUGCGUAAUGUUAUCGAAUUGAAAGAUAAAGAAUCUCAGCUAAGAAUCUACGAACUGGAAGCCAAAUGUUCACAAAUUCAAAGUAAACUCUUAUCGCUAUUGAAAGAGAUUAACCAAAGCAACAGCCAGACGAUGGCAGCGACGACAAAGUCGAAGACGACUAAUGUCGACGAUUCGACAAAAAAAAAUGAUAAUCAUCUGAAUAAUAAUCAAAACAAUAUGGCGGCCAAUGAAUCGGUACAGGCAUUGGUCAACAGAUUGCUCGAAGAUAUUUCGCUGGAUAUACCGUUGAGUUGGAAACCGGGAAAUAGAUCGCGUAAUUCGGGUUCAGUUUCGCCGCGAACUUCGGCGGCGGCGGCGACCGCUAGCGGUACUACUACUGGUCUGUACGAUGAAUUGGGAUUCUAUUUUAAGAAUCGACUAUACGAUGAUCCGAUGUCGUCGUCGUCGUCAGUGGUGUCCACCACCGCUGCCACCACUUGCGAUGAUGUGAAUAGCAUUUCCAUCAUCAAAGACAACAACGAGACAUCAUCAUCAGGAGCUGAACCUAUUAACAUGAAAACCAGUGAAGAGAAUCUAAAAGACAGACAAUUAGAGGCAAAAGCUAGAGCCGUCUGGAAGUCGAAAUGGGAUUCGUUUGUCGGUAAUCUCAACAAUCAUGAACUACAACGAACUCAGGAACUGAAGGCAAUGUUACGGACGGGUAUUCCCCAGGAAUAUCGGUGCAAAAUAUGGAGAGGUAUUAUCUAUAUGCGUGUCAAACACAAGAUGACCGAAUGCGGUAGCGGUUAUUACUCGACACUAUUGAAACAAAACAACUAUUCGAGUCCCGGAGCCAAAAGUCUGGAUCCGUCGACCAAACAAAUCGAAUUGGAUUUAUUGCGAACACUACCGAACAACAAACACUUCGAGACACUGGAAUCCGAUGGAACCGCUCGUUUGCGACGGGUGUUAACCGCAUUCAGUCGACACAAUCAAGCGGUCGGCUAUUGUCAGGGUCUGAAUCGUUUGGCAGCCGUUGCCCUACUGUUUAUGCCCGAAGAGGACGCUUUCUGGUGUCUGGUGGCUAUUGUCGAGUCAAUUAUGCCCAACGAUUAUUUCGGUCGCAAUCUAUUAGGAGCACAUGUCGAUCAAUAUGUCUUAAGAUAUCUACUAUCGGAAAAGUUGCCCAAACUGUACGCCCAUUUGGAACAAAUGGGUAUCGAAUUAUCGUUAUUUAGCUGGUUUUUGACCGCAUUUGUCGACAACAUUCCCGUCGAUAUGUAUCUACGUAUUUGGGAUGUCUUCCUAUACGAAGGCAAUAAAAUAUUGUUUCGUUUUGCGCUGGCAUUCCUCAAACUAUACGAAGAAAUCUUACUCGAACUGACCGAUUCGGUAACAAUCAAUCAAUUUUUACGUACACUCGGCGAACGACCCAUCGAUGUUAACCGAUUAUAUUGUAUAGCCUUUAUUGAAUUGAAUCCAUUUCCCAAUCGUACGGUUAAACUAAAACGUCAACAUUAUUCACAACUAGUCAGCAGUGAGUUGCAAAAGUUGCAACUGAUCCGCAAUAGUCUACCAAAUCAUGAAAGCUUUGAAUGCGAUAGCGAUUAACAAACAAAACAACAAAAUUUUAUUUUAAAAAAAUAUAUAUAUUUAGU